AUGGAUAUAGACUCUUACAGAUACCGGGUUCCCAAACCCAACUACCUACCCCAUAUUCCAGAUGAGGACCGUGACAACACCGUCGUUGAGGAGUACACACCCCUCGGGCUGGCGAGCGAGAUGGACAACGCCAAGUUCUACAACAAGUGCAAACGCCUCGCCGAAGAAUCAGGCAUCACCCGGCCAAAGGGCUACAAGGUGUCGUUCCACUGCAACCCAGACAUUGAGAGUCACCACUUUGGAGUCACACAUCCCAUGAAGCCCUGGCGUCUGACGCUGUCCAAGAGCCUCAUCUAUUCUUACGGCAUGUCAUUCGCCAUGGAUAAUUACAUCGCCCGAGCAGCCACAUACGAGGAGCUGGCCGACUUUCACUCGACAGAUUACCUCGACUUUCUCGGCACAGUCUUGCCUGAGCCGGUACCUCGCGACCUUGAGAACCAGGGUAUUGACCUGAAGUUCAACCUGGGCGGCUCUGACUGUCCACUCUUUGACGGUCUAUUCAAUUACUGUUCCCUCUCAGCUGGCGGCUCCCUUGAUGCUGCCAGGAAGAUCUGCAGUGGGCAGUCCGACAUUGCUAUUUCCUGGGGCGGUGGACUGCAUCACGCCAAGAAGUCUGAAGCUUCUGGCUUCUGCUAUAUCAACGACAUUGUGCUAGCUGUCCUCCAGCUCUUACGUUAUUACCCCCGGGUCCUAUACAUCGACAUUGAUGUACACCAUGGCGACGGUGUCGAGGAGGCUUUCUUCUCAACUGACCGUGUCAUGACCGUGUCCUUCCACAAGUAUGACCCGCAAAACUUCUUCCCGGGCACUGGAGCUCUCGACGACAACGGUCCCAAGAGUGAACACAACCCAGGCGCUCAUCACGCUUUCAACGUACCAUUAAUGGACGGUAUCACGGAUGAGCAGUAUGAUAGCCUGUUCAACACUGUCAUCGGCAAGAUUGUGGAGAAGUUCCGCCCUGGAGCCAUUGCCUUGCAAUGUGGUGCCGACUCUCUAGCGGGCGAUCGCCUUGGUCGCUUCAACCUUCAAGUUCAAGGCCACGGUGCCUGUGUCAAAUUCUGCAAGGAGAUGCGCAUCCCCAUGAUCCUCUUCGGUGGUGGUGGAUACACUCCUCGGAACGUGGCCAGGGCAUGGACUUACGAGACUAGUAUUGCCACCAACUGCGAUGACAAGAUCAGCUCCAUCUUACCAGAGCAUGCUCCAUGGCGUGACCACUUUAGGCAAGACACGCUUUUCCCGACACUGGAGCAGAUUCUUGGAGAGCCACGACAAAAUCGCAAUUCCCAGAAACGGUUGACAGAGAUUGUUCAACACAUUACAGAGCAGCUCCGCUUUGUGCAGGCAGCACCGAGUGUUCAGUUUCAGACCAUACCACCUGAUCUUGGUGCCAUUAGAGAUGAAGUUGAGGAGCGGCUCAAGGAGGAAAACGAGGAGAGACGAGACGAAGUCCGCAGAGCGCGAGAAGCCGCUGUGGGGACAGCUAUGGAGCUUUAG